AUGUCUGAACGUAGCGACAGCUGCGGAAAUUCUGCCACGACCGGGCGAAAAUGGCGUCCUGCUCGUGGCGACAAGGACAAGCCAAGUUUCGACCUUCCCCCCGCGCCACAUCCGACGAUCCACUGUUUCAAAAAUGACCCCUGGGCAGAACACCCCCUCCUCCGGUAUAACGCUAUCAAAGAGAAAAAACGCCAAGACAAUGAGGUCGUGAUUCGAAGGGGUAAAAAGGUCAAAAACAUCGUGGCCGAUGUCGUCUAUAAGAAAGAGAUCGAAGCUGGGAAGGAAAAAGAGGGUGCGGCGGGCGGCAGUGGGGGCGAUUUGGAGGCAUUUCUCACCCAAGAGGACUUUGCCGAGUAUCGGAGGGACAGCGUCAAAGCAGCGCCGGUCGUGCCGAUGCAGAAAAGCUGGUUGAGAAGGAUCGCAUCGCUUAUUCCACGACCUUACAAGAAGAAACACCUCCAGCUGUUUCGUGCCUUAGCGAGAGAAGUUGAAGAACGGUACGAACUUGUCCUGCACGAAACCAUCUUGAACUUUGUCCUAAUCCCGCCGGCAGGAUAUGUCGAUCCGUACGUGUUGGUCGAUAAGUUUCCUCUCUUCUCCGCCUCACCGCCGCCAUGGUGGGACACGUAUCGAAUCAAUCGUCACAUUAUUGCGCAACAGCUCCGCAUCCUGUAUCCCAUCGUGUCUCGAACCUUUUUGAAAAUGAGGGACCUCAUGAACACGCAUAAGCUCUUUUAUCCCGAUAAGAUCAAAAUCCGAGGGUCCAACUAUAUGCGACCCAUCGAGUUGAGAGAUAUCAUCCUGAACCAGAUUCGCUCAAAUGGGGACAUGUUUCUCCAGAAAUUUAUUCCUCAGUUGGUCAGAAUUUUUCAGAAUGCUAACGCCCUGAAAUCUGUAAACAAGUCGAAGCAGGAACUCAUCAUGGAGUGCGCGUCGCACAUGAUUGUGUCGGAUGGGACGGCCUGGGCGAUGAACACGAUUCAAGAGAUUGUCUCCACGUAUGAAAACUAUGAGAAAAACCUUCCCCGAAUUUUAGUCGAUACUGCGAUUGACGACGCCCGUGUCACCUUCGCUCCGCCGGUGGAAGGAUGGAUGUACUGUUUUAAAAAGAUGAUUGACGAGAUUGUCAGCGUCGUGCAGAACAUUCCCGACGCAGCCGAACUAUUCUGGAGUCGGGGAGAUGAAGAGAAAUCAAUCAAAGUAUUUUGUCGCAUCGUCAUCCCCAACUUUUUCGUCGAGUUAAUGACGGAACGCUUCCACGCCGUGAUGGCAGAGUGGCUGAGUGACGUGCAAAACGUGGCGGAUCGAAUUUAUGACCAAUACAAAAUUCUUCUGGACGGUUCCGGCCGCACCAGACUGCAGGCUUUCGUCACCUCGAAGGAAAACAAUUUCUACGCUGGAUUCAAGGAGUCCGCAUUUCUCAAACAAUUGAGCCAAUCAAUGUACACUAUUCCGAAAAAUGAGUUCGUCGGCUGGCUCCAAGUCAACAAUGAAGACGUUAUCGGACGACUGCUCGAUGGCUGCAAGAGUCAUCAGAACAUCAUUUCGGAGCAUUUAACAAAAUGGUUGAGGGCGCAUCAUCACGCAAUUAUCACGGGUUACAAAGAGAUACGUGACCGUCUCUUGAGAAAACCAGCCACCACGGCGGAGCUGAUGGAGUUGGUGGAAUAUAUCGACGAGGCUCGCGGCGUGUUGCUCCUCCUCCUCAAGGAGGACAUCGUGGAAGGGCUGAAGAUGGUUUUGGCCUUCAUGGACUAUUACAUUCUUUCCGCGGACGAUAUGGAGUUGGCCGUCACGGCGCAUAAAUUGUUGAGAAAGAUACAACCAGCGUUUGAAAAGAGUGCAAUUAUGAUUGAAGACCAGAAAUUAGUAUUUGAGGAACAACUUUAUCAAAAGAUUGAAGAGAUGAAGGGCGACUUGAAGAAAUUGUUGCGUCGCGUUAAAGAAGAUUUCGGCCGGUAUGGAGAUUAUGCGGAGGUUCCAAAUUAUUGCGAUGAUUUGCGCUACGUUCGCCGCCGCGUGGACGAACUGCAGGAAGGCAUCGAUUGGAUUAAUACGGAGGAAACCUUAUUCAAACUGAAUCAAUCCCAGUUUGCGGACAUUGACGAAAUAAAUUUGCACUUGGAACCGUACACGAGACUUUUUAAGACUACGAGACAAUGGCAACGGGCCGAGAGAAAGUAUAUGGACGGUGAUUUUGACCUCGAUGCGGAAAAAAUUGAUGUCGAGACGGAGGGUUAUUACGCAGAACUUAUCGAUCUUCAAGCCCUGUUCAAAAGUCGAAUCAAAGCGCAGAAAGAGCUCGAAGCGAAGGAGAAACACAUCCCGAUUUCGCUUCUGUAUGAUGAAGAUAAUUUACAGGAAAUUCCACCCCCACUUAAAAUCUGUAAUUUAGCACUUGAGAAAUUAAAAGAAUUUCGGGCUAAUCUACCUGUGAUGCGAAUCCUGUGCAAUCCUGCCAUGCGGUUGCGACAUUGGGUUCAAAUGUCGGAAUAUUCCGGACUUGAAAUGAUCCCUGACACGGGAAGCAGUUUAAGAAAAAUAUUAAAAAUGGAUCUCGACCCGUACAUGGAAGAAUUCGCAGAGAUCAGUUUCUGCGCCACGCAAGAACUCUUACUCGCCACGACGGUGGAAGAAAUGAAGGAAGCUUGGCUAGUCGAAAAGAUUGAGUAUCUUCCCUACAAGGAGACGGAAACCAACAUUCUCCACGAAGCGGACGAUAUCCAAUUCCUCUUAAAUCGACACAUCGUCGACACCCGGAUAUUGAAAGGGUCCCGAUUCGUCGUACCACAUCGAGAUCUCGUCCACGACUGGGAAGCCACCCUCGUCCGCGCCCAGAACACGAUGGACGAAUGGCUCAAAGUCCAGAAACGCUGGAUUUACUUGGAACACAUGUUUUCCUCCGACGACAUCCAAGUCCUCCUUCCCGACGAGGGUCAACUUUUCAUGCUCGUCGACGAAACCUGGCGAAACCUCAUGCUCGAUUUGGAAUCGCAAGUUAACGCGCUCGAAAUGGCGAAGAAGCUGGGGCGCUGGGAGCAACUCUUGCAAUGCACGGCGUACCUGGAGAAAGUCAUUUUUGGCCUGAAUAUUUACCUGGAUGAGAAACGCGUCUUCUUUCCUCGCUUCUUUUUCCUCACGAAUGAAGAAAUGGUCCUCAUUCUGGCCGAGACGAAGGACGCCAACAAAGUGCAACCCUUCCUCAACAAAGUAUUUGAAGGGAUUAGCGAGCUUCGCAUAGAUUCGGAGAUGUUAGCGUUUGGCAUGUUAAGCGCGGAGGGGGAACGGGUCACGUUUAGUAAUCCGGUUGAUACAGGGGGUGUGAAGGGGUGUGUGGAAAAGUGGUUUUCACAGGUUGAGGAGACGAUGGUCAGCUCGCUCCGAAAUAUCACGACGUACGCGAAAGACGCCUUCAUGCACACGUCGAGGUCCGAGUGGGUGUUGAAAUGGCCGGGUCAAGUUGUCCUCUGCGUGUCCCAAAUUUAUUGGACGUAUGAAGUUCAUAAAGCCUUCAUCCGAUCGACGGCAGGAAUUCAGACUUAUUUGGCGAAAUGGGUGACCCAUCUGGACAAUACGAUCGACGUAAUUCGUGGAGAAUUGCCUAAAUUGGCGAGAGUAAUUCUGGGCGCUUUGGUCACAGUUGACGUACACGCGAGGGACGUUUUAGAAGAGCUGAUCGCCAACAAAGUGCAGACAGAGACGGAUUAUUUGUGGAUUGCGCAAUUACGCUAUUACUUUGAAGACUUCCAAGUCGUCCUGCGCAUGCUGAAUUCGAACGUCAACUACGGCUACGAAUACGUCGGAAACCCAUCUCGUCUCGUCAUCACGCCGCUGACCGACCGCUGUUAUCGCGUCCUCAUUGGAGCUUAUCAUCUCAACCUGAACGGCGCCCUGGUCGGACCCGCUUCCACUGGAAAGUCAGAAACCGCCAAGGAUUUGACCAAGACGAUUGCCAAACAGUGUGUCGUCCUCAAUUGUUCGUAUGACCUGAGUGUCGCCACGAUCGGCAGGUUCAUCCGGGGACUCGCCUCUUCCGGAGCGUGGCUCUGCUUCGACGACUUUAACCGGAUGGACCCCGAAGUUCUGAGCGUUAUUGCGCAACAGUUGUGGACCGUGCAGCAAGCCGUGGCAUCCAAGAUGCCCACCUGUAUUUUAGAAGGGCUCGAGCUACCCGUGAAUUUGGAGUGUAAUGCCAUCAUAACCAUGAAUCCUGGAUACACCGGUCGAUCCGAACUCCCUGAAAAUAUGAAGGUAUUAUUCCGACCGGUGGCAAUGAUGGUGCCGGAUUUUCGACUCAUCGGAGAAAUCCACUUGUUUGCGCUGGGAUUCGCGAAUGGAAAAAUCCUGGCCGGAAAGAUGGUCACCUUGUGUCACCUAUUUUUCGAACAGCUCUCCUCCCAACAGCACUACGACUACGGGAUGCGUGCCAUGAAGGCCAUUUUGGUCGCGACGGGUCACGCGCGCAACAAAAAUCCCGACAUGGACGAGGACAAACUGAUCUUGAAAGCGAUUGAGAGCAUAAAUCUGCCCAAAUUCCUCCCAUACGACGUCCCCCUGUGCGAAGGGCUUAUUUCAGACUUGUUUCGAGGAGUGAAAAUCGUCCAAACGGAACUCGACCCACUCAUCGCGACGUUAAAGACGGUUUGCGAAAGUAGGAAUUUGCAACCGACGGAUUACUUUAUUGAGAAGACGCUACAAAUUUAUGAGAUGAUUUUGGCCCGACAUGGUGUUAUCUUGGUGGGGGAUCCGAUGGGGGGAAAGACUUGUGCUUAUCAGUGUCUCGCCGCCGCCUUGACGGAAAUAAAAGAGAACAAGACCCCAGGCUUUAUCGGCAAGCGUGUUCAGUACAAAAUUGUGAACCCCAAGUCCAUCACGAUGCACCAGCUUCACGGCUUCUUUGAAGGCGACCUCCUCGAGUGGUCGGAUGGCGUGGUGCCCAACAUUUUUCGGGAAAUGGCCUCCUCCACGAAUGACGACAGGAAAUGGAUCGUGUUCGAUGGGCCGGUCGACUCCCUUUGGGUGGAAAAUAUGAACACGGUUUUGGACAACCACAAACGUCUUUGCCUAAUUUCCGGCGAGAUAAUCCGCAUGACUCCGCUGAUGACGUUGCUCUUCGAAGCGGCCGACCUCGAGCAGGCCUCUCCCUCGACCGUGUCGCGUUGUGGGAUGAUUUACAUGGAGUCGAAACAACUCGGUUGGCGAACUUUGAAGGAUUCUUAUAUCCAAUCCCUUCCAGAAACGGUUAGCGAAGAGCAGAAGGAAAUUCUGGAGGAAUUUUUGGAGUGGUUGGUUCCUGCUUGUUUCGUCUUCCUGCGACGCCCCGAGACACAAACUUUCAUCGGAACGUCGCAAUUACACCAAUUUCAGAAUUUCGUCCGCCUUUUCCGCACCUGCCUGAAAGAAGAUUCCACCGAGGACGAAGGGAAUAUCUGGCUCCAGUGCAGCUUCGUUUUCUGCAUCGUGUGGAGUUUUGGGGCCACAUUGGUCCAAAAGUCGAAAGAACAAUUCGAUUCCUACCUUCGCUCCGUGCUUGUCGGAAACAAUAAGGAUUUUCCAAGAGCGAAAUCCUUCAAGCUUACAAAGAACCAAAUGCCACCGGAAAAGGGGUCGCUUUUCGACUACAUUUGCGACAAAAAGAACAAUACGUGGGUCGUCUGGAUGGAAACGGUGGACAAGGCAAUGCUGAGAAUUCCGGAGAAUGCAAAAGUCAAUGAACUGAUCAUUCCCACGGACGAGACCGCCCGUCAAAUGUAUUUCUUAAAGGCUUAUCUGAACAAUGACAUUCCCCUCAUGUUCGUCGGUCCGACAGGAACGGGGAAAAGUGCCAUCGCGCAAAAUUACAUGAUGUCCCUCCCAAAAGAGAAAUACAUUCCAAACAUCAUCAACUUUUCUGCUCGAACGUCCGCCAAUCUAACGCAGAACAUCAUCAUGAGCAAGUUGGAUAGAAGGAAGAAGCGACUUUUUGGUCCAAUUCGGGGGAAAAAGUGUGUCGUUUUUGUCGACGAUUUGAAUAUGCCGCAACCCGACAUGUACGGAGCUCAACCUCCACUCGAGCUUAUCCGCCAGUGGCUCGAUCACGGGAGUUGGUAUGAUAAGAAGAACACGGCAAUUUCACUUAUCGACAUGUUAUUCGUCUGUGCCAUGGGACCUCCGGGUGGUGGACGGAACGACAUCACGCCUCGCUUAGUUCGACACAUGAGCAUCCUCGCAAUCGACUCUUUUGAUGAUAACACUCUCAAGAAAAUUUUCACCUCCAUCGUCGACUGGCAUUUCGCCAAGGAGUUCGACAGCAGCGUGGUCCGUUGGGCGAGACCCAUGAUCACUGCGACCAUGCAAAUCUACAAGUCUGCGAUGUCCCUGUUCCUCCCCACUCCUGCAAAAUCCCACUAUUUAUUCAACCUCCGCGAUUUCUCUCGAGUCAUCCGAGGCGUUCUUCUCGUUCCUGCCACACACUUAAAAGAACCCCCGAAAGUAAUGAAACUCUGGGUUCACGAAGUUUAUCGUGUCUUUUACGACCGUCUCGUCGAUGAGAAGGAUCGCACCACAUUUUUUAAGUUGACGUCCUCCACCGUAGAAGAAAACUUCAAGCAAGACAUGCAAAAACUGUUUGGCCAUUUAGUCCCCGAAGGUAAAAAGGUGGAAGAUGUGGACCUUCGCGGUUUAAUAUUUGGCGACUUCAUGGACUCCCAAGCGGACAAGAUAUACGACGAGAUUGUCGACUUGACCCAACUCCGCAACUAUUUGGAGAGUCGUCUUACCGAGUACAAUUCCGUGACGAGGAGACAAAUGACGAUAAUUUUUUUCCAGUUUGCGAUCGAGCACAUUUCUCGAAUUUCUCGCAUCCUCAAGCAAGACAACGGUCAUGCCCUGCUUGUCGGCGUGGGCGGCUGUGGGAGGCAAAGUUGGACAAAAAUGGCCGCAUUUUUGGCAGGAUUUGACCUCAUUCAGAUCGAACUGAGCCGAAAUUAUGGGACGAAUGAGUGGCGUGAGGAUUUAAAAAGGGUGCUCAAACAUGCCGGAAAUGAUGGGAAGCCGACCGUUUUUCUCGUGGCGGACACUCAAAUUAAGGACGAGUCGUAUAUGGAGGAUAUUAACAUGAUUUUGAACACGGGCGAUAUUCCGGAUCUAUUUGAGCCGGAUGAAAUUGGGGAGAUUUAUGGGGUCAUGCAACGUACGGCGAGGGCGAUUGGGAGGAGGAUUGAUAACUCGCCGUUGCCACUGUUUAACUUUUUUAUUGAGAGGGUUCGAACUAAUUUGCAUGUCGUGUUGGCCAUGUCGCCGGUCGGAGAUGUGUUCAAGGAACGGUUGAGGAUGUUUCCGUCGUUGAUUAAUUGUUGCACGAUUGACAUGUUUACCGAAUGGCCGGACGAAGCAUUGGAAAAGGUUGCGCAGAGAUUUUUAGCCAAUUUAGACACAGAGGAAGACAUUCGGAUCGCGUGUGUCUCAAUGUGCCAAUAUUUUCAUCAGUCUGUGCGAAAAUUGGCGAAAGAAUUUUACAACCAUCUCCACCGUAAGAGUUAUGUCACCCCGACAUCCUACAUGGAACUCAUGUUCACCUUUAAACACCUCAUUGUUAAGAAACGUGCCGAAAUCGAGGCUGCCAGACAACGCUACCUGAACGGUUUGGAACGCCUCGCCUUCGCGGCGGAACAGGUCGCCGUGAUGCGCGCCGAGUUGGAAGUCCUACAGCAAAAAAUUCUCGAAACCGCAGCAGCAACGGAACAACUUAUGAUCAAAAUCGCGGAAGAAACGGCUGAGGUGGAAAAAAUUAAGGAAGUCGUCGCCGCUGAAGAAGUGAUUGCCAACGCUGCCGCCGCUGUGGCCGAAGCGAUCAAGCAGGACUGCGAGAUUGACCUGGCCGAAGCGAUCCCCGCCCUUGACGCGGCCCGCGCUGCCCUCGACACCUUAACCACGCCCGACAUUGCGAUCGUCCGAUCCAUGAAAAAUCCCCCCUACACGGUGAAACUUGUCCUCGAAGCGGUCUGCAUUAUGCGAGGGAUCAAACCGGAAAAGAAAGUGGAUGCGAAUGGACGUCCAUAUGACGACUUUUGGGCCGCCUCUCUCCGCAUGUUGAGCAACAUGAAGUUUCUCGACGCCCUGAAAGAAUACGACAAGGACAACAUUCCGAUCCCCGUGAUGAAAAAGAUUCGUGAAAAAUUUCUCCCCGCAAAGGAAUUCGUUCCCGAAAAGAUAAAAUAUGUUUCCACGGCGUGUGAAGGGCUGUGCAAGUGGAUCAAGGCGAUGGAGGUGUAUGACCGCGUGACGAAAUAUGUUGCCCCCAAGAAAGCAAAGUUGGCCCAGGCGGAGAGCGAGUUGCAAAUUCUGAUGGAUAAGCUGAACGAAAAACGGGCCCAGUUGAGACUCCUUGCGGAAAAGUUGCAGGAGCUGAAUGACGAAUAUAUGGCGAUGAAGAGGAUGAUGGAAGAGUUGGAGGAGCAUAUUCGACAGUGUUUGGCAAAUUUGGAGAGGGCGCAAAAGUUGAUUGAUGGACUGAGUGGUGAGAAGUCGCGGUGGGAGCAAGGUGUCGCCAUGCUGAAUAUUAGACUGCACAAUUUAGUCGGCGAUAUUUUAAUAGCUUCCGCCGUGGUGGCCUACCUUGGCCCGUUUGGAGUCGACUAUAGACAAGGCUGCAUCGAAAACUGGCUGCAUCUCUGCACCUCCGCGAAAAUCCCGUGUGCCGAGCCCUUCUCACUGAUCGCGACGUUAGGCGAGCCCGACGAGAUUCGUGAGUGGCACCUGGCCGGCCUGCCCAUCGAUAUUUAUUCCAUCGAUAAUGGCAUCAUCAUGUUCAACGCGCGCCGCUGGCCGCUUAUCAUCGACCCGCAGGCCAUCGCGAGCAAGUGGAUUCGCCGAUUAGAGGCGCCCAACGGCCUUCGCGUUAUAAAAUUGACGGACGCGGAUUACAUCCAAGUUGUCGAGGACUCGAUUCAAGAAGGCAUUCCCGUUCUGCUGGAUAACGUCGGGGAAGAAAUUGACCCCGCCUUUGAACCCAUCCUGCUAAAAGAGACGUUCAAACAGGAGGGCAUUUUGUGCAUGCAGAUUGGUGAAAAAGUGAUCGAGUGCGAUGUCAACUUCCGGUUUUAUGUGAUUACGAGGCUAAGGAAUCCACACUACUUGCCAGAAACUGCGGUCAAGGUGACCCUCGUGAACUUCAUCGUCACCCCGAUCGCCCUGCAAGACCAGCUCCUCGGCGUCGUCGCGGCGAAAGAAGACCCCGUCCUGGAAGAACAACGCGUUCAACUCGAGCUCGACGGAGUCAACAAUAAAUUAAUGAUGAAGGAAAUCGAGGACAAAAUCCUCCACUUGUUGAUCUCCUUCGAAGGCAACAUCGUCGACGACGAGGCCGCCAUCCAAAUGCUCCUCGACUCGAAAGACAUCUCAGAAGAAAUCAUCGCCAAACAAAAAGCCGCAACUUUAACAAGAAAAAAGAUUGAAGAACUGAGAAACCGCUUCCGUCCCAUCGCAAUUCAUGGGUCGACGUUAUUCUUCUCAAUUUCCGAGCUGGCCAAUAUCGAUCCCAUGUAUCAGUACUCCUUCACCUGGUUCGUCAACCUGUACUCAGCCAGCAUAUCGAACAGCAAACCGUCCCGCGACCUGGCGACCAGGACGAACUAUAUCAACGAGCAUUUUACCGCCUCCAUUUACCGGAAUGUGUCCCGCUCUCUCUUCGAGAAGGACAGACUCGCGUUCUGUUUCGUCUUUUGCGUUGCCUUGAUGAAGGAAAAGGGUGAUUUUGAUAUGGAAACGUGGCGAUUUCUGUUAAUGGGUGAAUCAUCAUCCGGAGAUAAGCAUCAUCAUUCUCAUUCGACCCACCCAAACCCAGCGCCGGACUGGUUAGCGGCCAAGUCGUGGGACAUGAUUGUCAAGUUGAGUGAAAUGAAACCCUUUGCAAAGUUGAGUAACCAUGUCACGAAACAUGUCAACCAUUGGAAAAAGUUGUAUGAUCAUGCGGACCCGCAAACGGUCAAGUUUCCCGCACCGUUCGAUAAGAUGAGCGAUAUUCAGAGGUUGGUGAUUCUCCGGUGUUUCCGUCCGGACAAGUUGAUCCCCGCGGUGCAGAUCUUUAUCGGGAGGAAUAUUGGGAGGGAGUUCAUCGAACCACCGAAUUAUGAUUUUGAAACGAUUUAUAAUGAUUCGAAUGCUGCGACACCGUUGGUGUUUGUGUUGUCGCCGGGUGCCGACCCAACCUUGGGACUUUUUAAGUUCGCGUCCGACAAAGGAUUUCCCUACCCGAACAAGUUGCAGUCCAUCUGCCUGGGUCAGGGACAGGGUCCAAUUGCACGGAAGGUGGUGGAACAGUGUGCAUUAGAAGGGAACUGGGUCCUACUGCAGAACUGUCAUUUGGCCACAAAAUGGAUGCCCGUCCUGGAAACAAUUUGCGAAGACGUCAUCACUACGGAGGAAACCCACCCAGCUUUCCGCCUCUGGUUGACAUCCUACCCCAGCCCCCACUUUCCUGUCACUAUUUUACAAAACUCUGUAAAAAUGACGAACGAACCUCCCCAAGAAUUGAGGGCCAACUUGCUCCGAACUUAUACCUCGAUUCCGCUCAAUGAUCCAAAAUUUUUCGCUUCUGUGCCCACAAACACGCGAGCCUGGCACAGAAUGUUGUUCGGACUUUGCUUUUUCCACGCGGUUGUGCAAGGCCGAAGAAAAUUCGGUCCGUUGGGUUGGAACGAAUUGAACGAAUUUUCAGAAAGCGAUUUACGCAUCUCGUUGAUGCAGUUGCAUCUAUUUUUAAUCGAAUAUCCCGUCAUUCCCUUCGACAUUUUGAGCUUUCUCACCGCCGAGUGUAAUUAUGGGGGGAGGGUGACGGAUGAUAAGGACAUGAGGUUGCUGAGCAGCUUGUUCUCAAUCUUUUACAAUAAGGACGUCGUUGAUAAAGACAAUUACCCGCUUUCAUCGAGUGGGAUUUACUACGUCCCUGGAGAAGCGGAUUACAGCACGUGCUUCCAAUAUAUUCGACCCUUGCCACUCAACUCGAACCCGCAAGUGUUUGGAUUGCAUGAAAAUGCCAAUAUUACACGAGGAAAUCGAGAAACAGUGCAGCUUUUGGAGAGCGCACUCUUGACGCAGAUCGAGUUAAAACCCGGUUCCGGAGAAGAUUCUGCCUCCAAUUCGAAAGUGUUCGACAUUUCGCAAGACAUCCUGACCAAACUUCCCGUCGAUUACGAUAUGGACGUUGUCUCGAAGAAAUUCCCCGUCGUUUACAUGAACUCUAUGAACACCGUGUUACGCCAGGAGCUCGUCCGUUUCAACAAGUUGAUAAACGUUGUGCGAGAAUCGUUACAAAAUUUACAGAGGGCGAUUAAAGGUCAGAUCGUGAUGUCGCCCGGGCUGGAGGACGUUUUUAAAGCCGUUCUCAAAGGAAAAGUUCCAUCCGCAUGGGCAACAAAGUCAUACCCGUCAGAAAAACGGCUGGGAAGCUAUGUGACCGAUUUGAUAGAAAGGCUUACCUUCUUUCAACAAUGGGUCAACACCGGUCCGCCCGUGGUCUUUUGGCUGUCGGGAUUCUUCUUUACGCAAUCCUUCUUGACCGGAGUGCUACAAAAUUAUGCGAGGAAAUAUAAAACUCCGAUUGACCUCUUGGGAUUCGAGUAUGAUGUCACUCCUCAUGAAAAAAGUGUCGAAGCCGUUCCCAAAUAUGGGGCGUAUGUUCGAGGUCUUUUCCUCGAAGCGGGUCGUUGGGACAGGCAGAUUAGACAAUUGGUGGAAUCUCACCCUAAAAUUUUGUACGAUUCGCUCCCCGUGAUUUGGCUGAGACCUGGACAGAAGACUAAAUUUGUGCCGCGACCGUGUUACGAAUGCCCCCUUUACAGAACCAGCGCUCGUCACGGAACUUUGUCGACGACAGGUCACUCAUCCAAUUUCCUCCUGUACAUCAGACUCCUCUCCAACCUGCCGCAGCAACACUGGAUAAAUCGGGGAACGGCAGCCCUGUGCCAAUUAGACGAAUAAUUAUGUAUUAAAUACGCUCCGUUACUAUUAUUAAGACGACAUU